AUGAAAAUCAUUUUUAAAAAGGAAAAAAUAAUUAUUCAUAAUAGUAUAACUGUCAUUUAUCAUGGAACUGCUCAAGAUAAUGCAAAAUAUGAUUUUACUCUAUCUAUGGCAUUGAGUGUAUUGACAGCGUUAAUGAAUAAAUCCGCUGUACAAUUAUUCAAUGGUCAAAUGUUUGAAUCAAAACAUGCAAUAGAAGCUUAUUGUCAUUUUCUAUGUUUAUUAAUGCAUUUCAUUGAUAUUUAUCCUGAUUUAGAUCGAAAAAUCAAUAAUAGAAUAGAAGAUUUUACAAAACGUUUAUGUUAUUGUAAUAAAAGUGUCAUACCAGAUGUUGGCAAAUUUUUAAUACAAAUUGUAUUGUCAAGUAAAUAUAAAUUCGUUGAAAUUGAUAUACAACCUACUGACUUACCUCAUAUAUUCCAAGCUACAAAAGUAUCAAAUCAUCUAUUAAUAUUCGAUUUAGAAAUUGCUCAAACCUUUAUCUUUUCUGAAAUUGAUAUCAAUAAUGAUGUAGAACGAAUAACAGCACAACUACGUCAAAUCAAUGAUUAUGUUAUAAUCCAUACUGAACUCGAUUCUUGCAUGGCUUUCAUUCAAUCAAUUUAUAAUGAGAGAAUCUUUUUCGUUUUAUCGAUACAUGAUAUAUCUCGAGUAUUAUCUCAUAUUGCAACAUUAUCUCAAAUUGAGAGCAUCUUUAUUUUCAACUGGGAUGAAAUAAAUGAUGAACAUUUAGUUGUUGAAAACUCAAAACUUAUCGGUGUAUAUGAUAAAUUCGAUGCGCUGUAUUUAUCGAUUCAAAAACAAGUCGAAUUCUUUGAUGAACAUUUCGAAACAUUUAGUUUCUUCGAUCUAAAUGAAAACUUGAUAAAAGAUUUAUCAAAACAAACAGCUGAUCUACUUUGGUUUCAACUUUAUCAUGAUAUUCUCUUACAAUUAACAUAUGAUAAAGAAGCUAAACAAGAACUAAUUGAUGCAUGUCGUACCUAUUAUCAAGGUAAUAUCAAACAAAUGAAAAUGAUUAACAAGUUUGAAAAUGAAUAUCGAUCAAACGAAGCACUUCAAUGUUGGUUACAAUUUAAUAAAAUUCGUUUGAAUGGUUAUGUACCUAUUGCUAAUAGUCUCUGUAGCUUCGAUAAAAUCUUCCUUCGGCAAAUCAAGUGUGAUGAAGCACUCAUCUUUCAUCAACGAGCAUUAACAAUACUCGAAGAAUAUUAUCAGUUUCCACAUAUCGAUAUUGCUCUUAAUCUUGAAUAUCUAGUUCAGGUUCUUGUCGAACAAAAGAAUUACAAUGAAGCCUUUAAUUUCUUGCAACAAGCAAUGUCAUUCUAUAAGAAAUACUAUCCAAAUGAUCAUGUUAAAAUUGCUGCUAGUCUGUAUGGAAUAGGAAUUGUUUACUUUGGACAAGGAAAAUAUGAUAAAGCUUUGUCAGUUUGUGAACAAGUUUUGAAAAUUUUUCAGAAACAUUAUUUUUCCGGUCACGACAUGAUUGUUAAUGUUCUAAAGACUAUUGGCUGUAUGCAAAAAGGAAAAGAAAAUUACAAUAAAGCUCUUGAUUUAUAUCGGUUGGCAUUAACAAUGCAAGAGAACUAUUAUCCAUCUUAUUAUGCCGACAUUGCUAAUACUCUUAAUUACAUCUUUGACGUACUAAUUUGUCAAUCAAAAUAUAAUGAAGCUUUGUAUUAUUGUCAACGAGCACUAGAAAUGCAAGAGAGCUAUUAUCCUUCAGGGAAUGCUUCAAUAGCUUUGAGUCUUAACAAUAUUGGCGUGAUCUUACGUAAGCAAGGAAAAUAUACUGAAGCUAUUGAUUGUUUUCGACGAUCACUAACAACUGUCGAAAAAUACACUUCAUUUGAUCAUUAUUCCAUUGCUGGUUUUAUGAAUAAUAUUGGAAGUACAUUAUGUUAUCAAGCAAAAUACAAUGAAGCUCUUGAUUAUCAUCGACGAGCACUGGAGAUUCAAGAGAAAUAUUGUUCAUCAUGUCAACAAGAGAUUGCUAACACUCUCAACUACAUAGGUAAUAUGUUCAUUGAACAAAAGAACUAUGAUGAAACCUUGAAGUAUUGUUAA